UAUAUUUAUGUCCCACUUCAUGUUCAUGAUACUUAAAGACAGUUGACCCUGCUAACGCGUCUAGUUAUUGGUGGCAGCUGCAAUUGCAUUUGAGAUUUGACAAAUUGAUGCUGAUAUAAGAUUAGUUAUUGAUUAAUUAUAACAAACUGACUAAUUAAUUAUGAUAAAACUGAUGACAAGGUUUCUUUUACUUCCUUCCCCAGCUUCCCAUCCCAAAUAGAUCAUCCAUAAUUUGCUCAAAUCUGAGAUUAAUUGCUAGUACUGUCAUUAGCUUCCAUCAUCAUGGCUGCCAUUGUUUCCCAAGUCCUCGGCCAGCUGGGUUCCAUCGUCACUGAAGAGCUCAAGCAACGCGGGAGGCUUGUCCUGGGCGCAGAGAAAGAUGUCAAGAAGCUCACUUCUACUUUCACCGCCAUUGAAGCUCUGCUGCUGGAUGCAGAAGAGAGGCAACUGAAGGAUGAAGGCGUCCAGGACUGGUUGAAGAAGCUCAAGGACGUGUCCUACGAGAUCGAUGAUGUGUUGGAUGAGUGGAGAACCGAGAUCCUCAAGGGUCAACUCGAGGGAGACGAUGAUGCUGCUGCCUACGGCUGCUUGGAGUUGAAGCUGCUUCAGAUCUCCUCUGUUCUGAAACGAGUAUGUCCUUUUCUCCCUGCUUACUGUUUUUCCACGGGUGAAAUUGGACUUCGUUAUGAUAUUGCCUCGAAGAUAAAAAGUUUGAAUGAACAUCUAGAGGAUAUAGAUAAGGAGAAGAAUAUGUACAAUUUUACUCCUAAAGAGACGACUUCAUACUCGAGUUUGCAGACUAGUCCCAAUAUCAAUUUCUCUGAGGUGAAAGGCAGAGAAGAAGAGAUAAAAAUAUUGUUGGACAUGUUAUUGGAUGAUGGAAGUGAUCGCCCGGGUGUGAGAAGGAUGUCUAUCCAAGGACCUGGUGGGUUUGGUAAAACCACAUUGGCCAAAAUGCUAUAUAAUGACAAGGCCGUAGAAGCUCACUUCGACAAAAGAGUAUGGGUUUGUGUAUCCAAUAAUUUUGAUCAAGCAACCGUCGGUAAAGUCAUACUUGAAUUUUUCGAUCAAUCUGCUUCUGGUUCAUUAUCAUACAUGUUGAAACGGAUAAACAUACAUAUGACGAACAAGAAGUUUCUUCUAGUUCUUGAUGAUGUGUGGGAAGAUAGUCAGAGCAAGUGGGAAGAACUAAUAACUUCUGUUUCUAGCGGAUUACCAGGAAGCAUGAUCUUGGUGACUACCAGAAAAGAGGAGGUUUCCCGGGUGCUCGGCUGUAUUGACGACGAUAUUCUGCAUAUACAAAAGAUAUCUGAGGAUGCAUGUCUAGCUAUUUUCAUGCAAAUUGCAUUUAAUGGAUGGAGGGUUGAGGAGAAAGAACGUGUAGAAAACCUUUGUGACAAAGCUGUAGAAAAGUGUUUUGGUUCCCCGCUUGCCGCAAAAGUUUUGGGAGGGGUUCUAUGUUUGAAAAGAUCUAAAAGGGAUUGGAUUCAACUUCUGAGAAGUGAAAUGUGGCAAAUGAGGGAAGGCCGAGAAGAAGUUCUUGCUCCACUAGCUUUGAGUUUCUAUGACUUGCCCCCGGCAGUUAGAGAGUGCUUUCAGUUUUGUGCUAUAUUUCCGCAGGAUUACAAGAUGGAGAAGGAUGAAUUGAUUAAGUUGUGGAUGUCACAGGGUUUUCUCAAAACAACAACGAACCAAGAUAUGGAGGAAGUUGGUAAAGAGUACUUUCGGACGUUAGUUAUGCGCUCAUUCUUCCAAGAUUUGGAAACAUAUGAGGAGUGGGAUAUGACAAAAACAUACUGCAAGAUGCAUGAUUUAGUUCAUGAUUUUGCCCGGCUCACAACAAAGAACGAGUGCAUCAACAUCAUUAAGCAAGAUACAAAUAGUUCACUACUCCCGAUGAGCAAGGAGGUCCGCCAUUUGAUGGUAGAACACUUGAGUGAGGAAACCAACAAACUCAUUGCCUCCAUUGGUUGUUCAGGCCUCUCUUCGGCAAAGGGCAAUGGUCAUCUGCGCAGUUUUAUAGCAAUAAGUGGAGGUGCCAUUGAGCGUGAUGUAUAUGCUCAUUUACGAGGCAUAAGGUCGUUAGUCCUCGUUGAUUGCGAUAUGGAAGAAAUCCCAGCGACAAUCACCCAUCUGAUUCACUUGAGACUUUUGGAUUUGUCCUACAACAGUAACUUGAAGAAGUUGCCGGAAGAAAUAUGCGAGUUGUAUAAUCUAGAGACUUUGAUACUCAAUCACAGCAAUCUCCUGUUGACGCUCCCGAGUGGAAUGGGGAACAAGCUAAUCAACUUGAAGCAUCUUGAAAACUACCACGUCCUAGCGAUGCUGCCAAGAUCAAUAGUCAGGUUAGGUGAUGCCCUGAAGACACUAACCACAUUUAAUGUGGUUUACGACGACAAGGCUGAUUCAGAGGGAGGCAGAGGUACUAACAUUGGAGAUCUGGAGUGCAUGAACCGAAUUCAGGGAUUCCUGACAAUAAACGGGCUGAGCAGGGUGACAAAUUGUGAGGAGAUGAAGCGUGCACAGCUCGUCAGAAAGGAAUCCCUGACCAAUUUAUUGUUGGACUACCAAACCUGGUUCCCAGGAUACCAUCAGAAGCAAGAACAAGUGUUGGAAGCCAUAAGACCAUCAUCAAGCUUGGAAGGACUAGUUGUACAGUACUACCAAGGAGGAAGCAUAUUCCCUGGAUGGUUACUGUCACUCUCCAACUUGACAUCCCUUAAUUUCAACUUUUGCUAUUAUGUGGAGCAUCUGCCGCCGUUGGGCGCCCUGCCCUCCCUCGAAGAGCUGUACUUGAGUAACAUGGAUAGAGUGAACAAGAUUGGCCUUGAGCUCUUGUUGGAGACCAGUGUGAUACAGCAACAGCUGAGGAUGAGCAACAACAAAGGUCGUGAUAUUAGUGCAUUCCCCAAGCUUACGCUGCUUUGUUUUAGGAAGAUGAAGAAUUGGGAAGUGUGGGAUUUAGAGAGCGACGACGAUCAGGAAGCUGGGAUGAUCAGCUCGGCGGCGAUGACGAUCAUGCCCCGCCUGCGUUGCUUGGAGCUGGGAGAGUGCCGCAAGCUCGAGAAGGUGCCGGAUGUGCUGCUCCGGAGAACCACUCUGGAGCGGCUGGUAAUAAACGAGAGUGGCGGGUUGGGGAGUUACAGGUUCAGCUAUCUUGAUCGCAAAAUGGUGCCGAAUGAGGUGUGGGACAAAAUCUCUCACAUCCCCACCAUUCUCCUAAAUCGCACGAACAUCCGAACAAGAUUUAAGAAUGAGAUAGAGUCCAUGUCGGGGAUUGGCUGCUCUUACAGCAAACAGGAUGAGGGAAAAGCAGGAGAUAUCAUCACCAUGAGAAGGAAAAAACGGUAAUUGAUUCACGUUUGAUUCACUGCUCUGUGUGUUUGCUGUCACUCGAUCCGCCCUCCCCCCUCUUCAUUGGUGAUAAUGUUAGCUCAUUCAAUGUUAUGAUUGCUCGGCUGCUGCAGUUGAAAGCAAGGUUCCAGAGCAACGCAUCUCAUUUUACAGUUGUGUAGCUUUUUUGGUACUGCGGUUGAAUCUUUUGCAGCAACAAGAAGAUUUUGCAAACAGAACCUCUGCCUGGCGGAGGAAGUCUGUGUGUUAGUACGUGUGUUUCUUUGUUUGUUUUGUGUUAUUCUGCUCCUCGGGCUGCCUAUCUAGUGGCAUAACAAACUUGAUCUCGUUCUUCUGUAUCGUUGUUUUUGCCUUCUUGGCUUAUCUUUGUGCCUCUCUAUUGCCAAUAAAAUCAAAGUUACAGU